CUUACGUAUUAGCUAAUCGGUGGCCGUUAGUAGCCAUCCACGUGCUUCAGCAUAAACAACGACUUGCAGCUUCCCUUUUUGCAACCAUCACGGCAUUCCCUUCUUUACUUGUUUUCAUAGACGUCAGAAAGGAUGGCACCAAACAAGAUCAUCAUAGAUACGGACCCCGGCGUUGACGAUGUCAUUGCUAUGCUUCUCGCCUUUUCGGCGAAGCCUGAGGAGUUGGACAUUCUCAUGUUGAGUUUGACUUUCGGAAAUGUUGAUGUACAAAGCUGCCUGAGGAACGUCGUCACGCUGUUCCACUACAUUGGGAAAGAAAGAGCGUGGAGAGAGAGUCAAGGCAGGCCGAAGGGCUUCGAAACUCUCGAUGUGCGGAAGCCAAUUGUGGCAGUGGGUGCUACUGAGCCUUUGGCAGAGCACAUGAUGGUCGCAGAUUUCUUCCAUGGUGUUGACGGUCUGGGAGGUAUUCACAGCAGCCACCCUCACCUAUCUCCCGCCGAGACUUGGAAGUCUCUGUUCCAGCCCACUCCAGAGAACUUGUCAUCCGAGGAUGCGGCUGAACUGCAGGCUGUCAAGGAUCAGCACUCGCUCUUCGAGCCUUCUUUGAAGCCUGCCCACGAGCAAAUGCUCGAGCUGUUGAGGGACAAUGAGCCAGACACUAUCACCAUUGUAGCCGUUGGACCUCUCACCAACCUUGCUCUGGCCGCAGCUAAGGACCCUGAAACAUUCUUGAAAGUGAAAGAAGUUGUUGUCAUGGGCGGUGCAAUCGAUGCACCUGGUAAUCCUCCGCUUCUGGCACGUUUGUACUCGCCAGAUGUUAUGUCUAUACCUGUGCCGAAUUUCGGACUCAUCAAGCAACCCAAUACUCCGUUGUGCAAAGAGCUGAACGAAAGAAACCAGAUGACACCCGGAGCGGAGUUCAACACAUAUGCGGACAGCGUAGCCAGUGCUCGUGUCUUUGCUUUGACGAACCGCAACCCACGAACGAGCAUGCCGCCGACACUCAGCGGAAAGGGUCAACUACCGCCAUACCCUGAGAAGCUUUCACGCCAACUGAAGUUGAAAUUGUUUCCGCUUGACACAACGGAGCAGCAUAUGCUUCCUCAAUCAUUGUACAUUAAGCACACUGCUUCAGAGUCGCUCGUAAACUCUCCCCUCGCAGACUGGUCGACCCUCUUUCUCAUGACCACCUUCAAGAAGCUACUCUCUCUGAAUCCCAACCAAGACGCCUCGAAACUUGGCUUACAGCUGCACGAUCCACUCUGCAUAUGGUACGCCCUCUCGUCCUCGCAUCCAGGCUGGCAGUUCAAGACCGAGGAUGUUAGAGUGGAGACCGCGGGGCAGUGGACAAGGGGAUGCUGUAUUGUAGAUCGCAGGGGCAGGCCAGUAACCGAGCGAACGACUGAUCUUGACGAAGAAGUCGUGGGUGAUGCUGGAUGGUGGGGAGAUAGCAGAAGAGGAAACAAAGUCAGCUGGUGUACGCACAGUCCUGGUAUCGACUUGUUCGCGCACGACUUGUUGGAGAGGAUAUUUGGAAAGGUUUAGGGAGCACACAGCGCGUGGGUCCCAUCUUGAGGCAUUUUGUCACCACGGCCUUCCUAAAUCAUGUAAAACGCGCUCCGCUGCGCGAUAUAAUUGAGACUGAAAUGUAUCAAUGUCGCGCGUCAAUUUGUUAGACGUGCGCGUUUUUAUAGCUAAGCAGCCAGACGGCACGCGACCAAUCUGUGAAGUCUGGCCGAAAGUGACCAAUCCUGGUGAGAGGCGACAGCAAAACUUUAGAGGGCUUUGAAGAUACAG